AUGGCUACCGAUCCAUGCCCUUUGCGCCGGUUCACAUCACAGUUCACAGUUGUUGGAGGCUUUGUCCUUUUCUGGCUGACACAGCGAUGCAUGGCCGAGCCGCUCCUUGGUGUGCGCCGCUCAGUUCAGUCAAUCAUCACGGUCGGCAAGAAUGGGCGCGAGUUCGUCCCCAACAUCACCAGUGCGUGGGCGGGAGACGUGAUCGAGUUCCACUUCUACCCUGGCAACUACAGCGUCGUCAGGUCGGCUUACAUGUUUCCCUGCGUCCCCUUUGAGAAUACGGGCACGGGAAGGCAGGGGUUCUGGUCGGGGUUUAUUGACAACAAAAGCCCGUCCCCGGCAAAAUGGCGCCUUACCCUCCCAGACUCGAAUGCGGUAUUCUUCUACUCCUCGGCUGGCGAUGACUGCAACAGAUACGCCAUGGUGGCAGGAAUCAAUAUCAUGGAGGACCAGCUACAAAUGCAACACGACAUGGCCUUGGACUCGCCAUCCGUCGUCCAGCCAAGCUCCGCCUCCCAUCCCACGGUUGACAACGUUCCAUCAACUCCAUCUUUCAGUGACCCACAAGCCGCGAAGCAGGAGGUGCCAAUAGGCAUCAUCGUCGGGGGUGUACUCGGAGGUGUGGCGGUGCUGGCAAUCAUCGGUGCCAUACUCUACUUGUGCGGGAGUAGAAGUCGGAAACAAAGAGCGAGCCAGCCCGGACGGGGAGGCUCGAGGUCGCCGACGAUGCAGGCCACAAGGGAUGACAGUGGAGGAGGCCAAGGAAGUGGGGGCUCCUCGUCAGCAGGAAAAGCAUCGAUUGCAGGUAGCGGUCAUCGUCAACACCAAUAUGAUGCUAGGAUUGCCCGUAACUCGUCUUCGACUUAUCUGCCAACCAGAGGGGCCGGUGGUACCGCCGACGGAUGGCAGCUCGAAGACGGCCAGAUCAGCAUCUUGAGCAACUCGCACCAUCACCACCAACAGCAUGCGGCAGCGCUCCCAUCCCCGCCCAUCAUCGACGGCGACACCAUCUACGUGCCGGUCCACCGCAGCACCAUCAUGUCGGGCGUCCCGUCGCCGAGCCACUACACGCCACCGAGGUCACCACCGCCGCCAAACUCGCCGGUGAGCAUGGCGGCGCAGAUGCUCCACCGGCGAUGGCUGGCGCAGGAGCAGAUCGACGCCAGCGAUGCCGAGAGCGGCGUGUUUGGCAUCGGCGUCAGGAGGUUCCCGAGCACCCGAUCGGAGGAGCCGACAUCUUUAGCUGUGCAGACGACCGCAGCCUCUGCUCCACUAUCCCCGCUACCGCCACUUCCCGACGCAGCAGAGCCGAGGUCAGGAGAAGGACUCCCGGACCUGGAGCAGCACGUACUAGCUUAG